CAGGGCUGCUGUGUGUGCGGGAGAAGUUGUUUGCACAGAGAGCACCAGGUAGAGACUGUCAUCUCCAAAAGGAUUUGUUCAAGCUGGGAGCAAUCGGACUCGCCGGGGUCUUUUUUCUUUUUCGAGGGGGAAGAAGAGACCAAAGCUUUUUUGCAAUGAGGUGGACGUACCAGUAUCUAAAGUGAGGAGUGAUUUUUAAAAAAAUAUUUUUUUGUUUUAAUGAACAUCUGACAUCCUGCUCACCCGGAGAAAUCUUUCAAUUAGACCAUUUUGGAUUUCUUUUUUUUUCUUUCUGACGGAGCUCGAAUUUUCCUGUGAAACAUUAUCGAGGAUUCCACUAAUGUAUGCGAUGUGGAGACUGCAAGUCGCCUUAUGUACUCUGUCGGUGCUGUCCCUGUCAUCUGCUGGAGAAAGCAAAGCGCGGAGCUGUAGCGAGGCUAAGCAAGCUUAUAACGCUAAAGGAUUCAGCCUCGUCAAUGUGCCUCAUCAGGAAAUAUCAGGUGAGCACCUGCGUGUCUGUCCUCAGGGAUACACCUGCUGCACAUCAGAGAUGGAGGACAAACUCAACCAGCAGAGCAAACUGGAGUUCGAGAACUUGGUUGACGAAAGCAGCCACAAUAUAAGGACGACAUUUGUCUCGAGGCAUAAAAAGUUUGAUGAGUUUUUCUUAGAGCUGCUGGACAAUUCUGAGAAGUCUCUCAACAGUAUGUUCACACGGACGUAUGGGAAGCUGUAUAUGCAGAACUCAGAGGUGUUCCAGGACCUGUUCACUGAGCUAAAGCGCUACUACACAGGGGGCAACGUCAACCUGGAGGAGAUGCUCAACGACUUCUGGUCCAGGCUGCUAGAGCGCAUGUUCCAGUUACUCAACUCCCAGUACCACUUCACAGACGACUACCUGGAGUGCGUCAGUAAAUACACAGAUCAGCUAAAGCCCUUUGGAGACGUGCCCAGGAAACUGAAGGCCCAGGUCACCAGGGCCUUCAUCGCCGCACGGACGUUUGUCCAAGGGUUGAUGGUGGGUCGGGAGGUCGCCAACAGGGUCGCCAAGGUGAAUGUAGUCCCAGCAUGUGUCCGAGCCUUGACCAAGAUGCUGUACUGUCCGUACUGCCGCAGCAUGCCUGGGCUGAAACCCUGUCACAACUACUGCAACAACGUUAUGAGGGGCUGUCUUGCGAACCAGGCAGACCUAGAUGCUGAAUGGAACCUUUUUAUCGAUGCCAUGUUACUGGUGGCAGACAGACUGGAGGGACCCUUCAACAUUGAGGCAGUUAUAGAGCCAGUUGACAUCAAGAUCUCUGAUGCCAUCAUGACCAUGCAGGACAACAGCAUGCAAGUGUCAGCCAAGGUUUUUCAAGGGUGUGGCCAGCCAAAGCCAUCAGGAAUAGGCAGGUCUGCACGCGGCAUCUCAGAUGUUUUCAGUGCUCGCUUCAGACCCUACACCCCUGAAGAGAGGCCAACCACAGCAGCUGGAACAAGCCUGAAUAGACUGAGGGUUGUGUGGAGGACAAUGCAACACAGUGUGAUUGACAUCAAAGACAAGUUGAAGGAGUCCAAGAGGUUCUGGUCAAACCUGCCAGAUGACAUAUGUGCCAAGGGCAAGCUCACAGAGACUGACGAUGAUCAGUGCUGGAACAGCCACACGAAGGGCAGAUAUUUCCCUGAAGUGGUGAAGGAGGGUCUAACCAACCAGUUGAACAACCCCGAGGUGGAUGUGGAUAUCACCAGGCCUGACUCACUAAUACGACAGCAGAUCAUGGCUCUUCGUGUCAUGACCAACAAGCUAAAGAACGCCUACAAUGGCAACGACAUCUACUUCCAGGACUCAAGUGACGAAGGCAGUAGUUCUGGCAGUGGCAGCGGCUGCUCUGACGGCUGCACGACGGAAUUUGUUUUUGUUGGAACAGAGGCUCCUGUGAUCGGAGCCGACAGAAGUGAUGAACGUGCAGCAGUAGCAGCCGCGGGCAAGUCAUUUUCCAGCGGACCCUCCCUGCUGCUGGUGGUGGCUGCCCUUACACUCCCAUUCUGGGCAAUGCAGACUCAAUGGAGAUAAUACACGAGUGUGGCCUGAUCACUGACUUGUAUACUGCUACGUACAGUAUGUUUAACAGCAAGUUCUACUGCUGUUCCCUCACUGGACAUGUAGAACCUCCUGGAAACCUGUCGAGAAUGGCUUACUGUGUGGUAUGGUAGGACUGGAAGUGAGUGAAGUGCUGCAUCCUGCUUGUCCCCCAAAGAAUGCUCGGUGCCGUCACUGAACCAGCUUUCACAUCUCUGAAAAAAAGAAAAUGUGGUGUUUUCUCAUUAUUCUAAAGUGAGUUUUUAAUAACAUACUUCUGAAAACCAUCUGAUUGAUUUUUCAGAUAAAGGGGAAUUUAUCUUAUUUUCCUUUGUAUGAUGAAGUUGUGAAAAACACCCAUUUUGUCCUAUUAGGCUUUCCCCCCUCAGACAAAAGGAGAAGGUCUUACUGUGUGCAUGCGUGGAAAUGAUGUUAACUGACAAAAACGUUUUCUUUUCUUUUUUUUGUUAUGCAGGCUACACAGUUUUGGAUUGUUUGGUACAGGAUUAUACAGUGCUAGCAGUUUACCUGGUUUCCCGUUUGGUCAUAUCAGUGUGACUUCAGAACGCAGCAGUUCUUACAGCCACUUUAUAGUUGCACAUUUGAUUAUCUCUGAGAAAGUGUAUUGCACUGAGAGAAAUACUUUGCACAGAUUAUUUUUGUCAGCAUCAUAAAUUUAUAAAGCUACAUCCACCCCAUAGAUACAGAAGAUCUAUAUUUUCAGAUCAUUUAACUGAUUGUAUUGUACUGAUAAACAGUUGCAGUAUGUAUUUCACUGGAAGGUACUGUAAUGUAAUCUUACUGGUUUCGUUAAUGGCUACUUUUUUUAUAAAUAUAUUAUUUGUUUUUACAAGUUAUUGGAUCAACUGUUAAAUAAAAAUAAAAACAGGAGAGUUUUUGCAACAACACUAAGCCAUUAUACUACAAUUGCCUGCUAACGCUAUUCAGUUGCCGGAUUUACUCUCUUCUGUUUGGGUAAUUAACAAACACUAAAACAGUUCAGAUUUCCUUUUUAGUUCUCGGAGGACUCGUAUAUUAGUGAUAUUAGGUAUAUGCUAAUAGUAUUUUCUUUUCUUUUCUUUGCUCCCAUGCAUUCAUUAUUUAUGAGUUAGGUUGAGUGUUUAUGUUACAUAUAUGGCAGGUUACACAUUGUAACCAUACUCCUGUAAGCUCAGCCCUCUGACAGGUUCUGCCAGUGCAUCCACUCACAUCUUAUAGAGCACCAUGCUGAAAUUUGCAUGGCAUUGUUUGGCCAAUGAGAACAGAUCCACUACCGCUACAGGUUAUACAUGUGGUCAUGCUGUUUCAAAAGUCGUGUACAAAGUCAGCAACAAAAAGAAGUAGGUUGCCAAGGUUAAAGUGCUCUGACUGUACUCUUAGAACUAGGGUUACUAUUCAUAACCUUCAUUCAUCUCCUACAGGCUUCGACCUCUAACUGGCUCUGGAGAGCCAACAGUUUGCACUCCACCAACACAACUUGAUGGCCGUGACCUCUGGUCACACAGAAAAGGUUUUCAUAAAUGUUGCAGGCAUAUAAACAAACACAAAAAGGGAUAAAUGUUCAGUGUUUCACAAAGAAGACCUUUAAAAGAGCCACCCUCAUGCUGGAGUGUGCCUGGAGAAUCCAAUCCCAUCAGCCCAUAAGCACCUGAAAUGCUUUCACCUAGCCAAUAAGUAAGUAUCUUGUCUCAACAGGGGCCUCCUCCAAACCCACUACUGUGACAAAUGAACAGCUGCUGUGAGCCUCUCAAAGAGAUGUUGCACGUUUCACAUAGCAUACUAAAGCAAGCAUGGGACACAAGAGUGAAAAUAGCAUCAAGCUGCUCCUGUCAAGACGGGAUAAAAUAUCUGAUGUUAGGCAAAUAUUACAGGUGCAGGUGAAGUGUUUCUCCUUCGAAUGAGGAAACUAUAGUGGACUGAUGUCCACAUUGCCAAAGUUUGCAGCAGCAACACGAUUAUCUUCACAGACAGCAUCUUAAAGAAAAUGUCCCCUCAGUGAAUUCAUAUGACUCACAAAAGAGACCCCAAUCACCACAGGAAGCUCCCACUGCAGAACAGAUGGGAAAACAUUUUGACCUCCGUCGCCUCACUCCCUGCAGAAACCGCUUUAUGAGAAGGUGACUGAACAGCAGCCUCCCACCAAAACCAGCAUGACAAUUAAAUCACUGGUGCGUAAACCUUAAUUGUGGACGCCGACAGGUCUCUAUCCAAGCGAAGCCUGAGGAAAGACAACACUGAAAUUAUCAACACAAGGUCCUUCCCAAUGUCACAACUGUCCAGUGCCAUAAACCAAUGCAGAGACAGACAGAAAAUGCAUUUAAACUUGUUUUAAUGUACAUUUUCAAUUUGUGUACAAAAAAAACACUAAGUGGAAUUACAGAAAAAAUAUAUAUAUGUGAAAUAUCACAAAUAUAUAAUAUUCAAUUGGCAUUUGUGGAUGGAAACAUGCAUUACAGUUUUUUACAAUUGCUAAAACACAUUUCUUGAAACCUCAAAACUUUAAACACAAAACUCAAGCUACAUUCACAAAACCACAGACUCCUCUGGCACAAAUCAAACAAUGCUUUCAGAUCAUGCACUUUUCUAGUCAAAAUAGAAACACCUCCAGAGCAUUCAUUAGACACUACAUUAAAAAAAUGUAAACACUGCAUCCAGUGCAUGUAGUUUGAUUUAGUUUUAUUGUAAAUGAACACAUUUUUGCAAAAGUACAAUUAUCCCAACCCUAACAAAGAAAACUUCAUACGUAAAUGAAAAGCACAUUACAAAACCAACUGCAAAAAACGUCAACGUACGAUUAAUUUUGCCUCAGCAGCAUCACACCUUUGUGCUGGUCCGGCCAGAGGACUUCAUCUACAUCACACGCAGUGUUUUCUCUUGCUAAGCAACGGGGGAAAAAUCCUCUGGCAUGGCGGAUCCAGGCUUGACAAGCAUCCACUCUUAUGUCACCUCAGGCCAAUGCCAUUGCCUGUAGGAGGUUUACCCUGGUGUAGGGGUUCCGGUCACAGACCCUCCAGCACCACGCAGAAAAUAACUCCUCUGUUGGGUUGAGGAAUGGGCUGUAUGGUGGAAGGCAAACAUUUAUGAAGCUCUGGUUGAUGUUGAACCUUUCACGUAUGCGGACUGCACGGUGAAAGCUGACAUUGUCCCAAACUACAACAUAAAUAGGAGGCCCAGCCUGAUGAGGAACCUGCUGAUCACGAUCAAUCAGAAAAUCCCGAAGACCACCAGAUAUGUGAGAAGAUGCUCGGUGUUGUGAGGCCCCAGGGUUGCAUGAUGGUAGAGAACCAUGUCCUGCUUCCCUCAUUGUCAAGCCAUGAACAAGAACAUGGUCUAUGACCGUUGCCUGAAUUGUAUCUGAAAUGAUGGUUCUGGUUCUUCCUCGGCCUUGAUAUCUUCCGCCCACCACCUCUUACCCGUACUCUUCCUCCUCCUCUUCUUUCACCUCUUCCUCUCAAAAUGUUUUCAUCCAUUGUCGGUAUUCACUCUGAACUUGCUUAUAUAGUGUGUUAAAUCGGUUGAUCACAUCAUUAGAAACAAGUGAGAACAAUGUUGAGUCGUUGUGUUUAAACGAUGACCACUGUGUUGGAGUUGUGUCCAACGUUUUCUGCCUGUGUUUAGCAUUUUGCAACACAUGUGCAUCACAGUGGGAAUUGUGUUUUAUAGUAAAGGAGAAUGUGUUUAGAUAUUUGCAAAUAGUGUCUAACUACUUGAACUUGUUCAGGGUUUUGCUAAAAGAGUGGUUGAUUCGACAAAUGGGUUUAUGCAACUGAUGAUUUGGUUCAGAGAAUGGGGUUUAGUGUUUUAGCAAUUGUAAAAAACUGUAAUGUAAAUCUUUCAGGAAAUUCUGUUAACAUUU